UUUGGUCCUGCUAUUUCUGAGAGCAGGACUGCAAGAAUUGCCCUGUGCAUUCUCGUUCUGCUAUGAGAUACUAGCAAGGAGGCCAGUUCAAGUAUUAUGGCGAGGCGAUGUGAAUGCGGAUUUUCUGCUUGCUUUGGCAAUACCAAUGAUAUUAUUAUUGACAGCAAAACUUGCCUCAGUUGAGCUGCAUAAAUGUUAUUUGUAACAAGACAGAGUCCAAAGUUCGCAAGAAAGAAAUGUAAACAACAAGAAUUAGCUGUAUGAGGCACUCUGAUUUCGGCCUUCGUACGAUCGUUUGAGGCACGGUAUAUCAUGGUGGCCUAAGUAAGAUUUUCUUAGACUUGGACAAGGACGAUGAAAGCAUAAUUGAAUUUACUGUUGUGUGAUUGAAAGUUUGGAGUUGGAGAAUAAACCAAUUUCAGCGGAAUUUGCAUUUUUCUACCUGAUUUGUUUUCUCGUCUAAUGGUUUGGCUAAUAAAGUUGUUUUCAUUGAUAAUGCGACACAUUAUUCAAUUGUACCUCUCUUUAUCAGCUGCAGAAUAAUUGUUCUGCAGAAUAUGUGAACUUGCCACUACAGACUUUAAACUCUGUUGUUUAUUAAAAUUAUUUUAAUAGAGUAUCUAGAUGGUCAGGUUUAUAAGACCAAAAUCUGGAAUACCACAAAUAUAUGAUAUGCAACUUCAAAUGCCACCCCUACCCCCUUUUAUCGUCAAAUUUAGUUAUCACCAAUUUGAACUUUUACUUCAGCUGUAGAGGCUUACUACAAUUUAACAUAGAUUUGUUUGAAAAGUAAGCCCCCUAAAGCACGUCUUUAAGUAUUGGUUUAUUUUUCAAGAGAUAGACAUCGAUUUAAAAUUUGCUUUUUACUGAAUUUAAGAAAAAAUUCAUCUGCAAAAAGGAAUUUUUGUCCAUGGGCUUUUCCUAUUGAAUAAGGGCGUGGCCCUGUCCAUAUAGCAGGACCAACAAUUUUUGGCUAGCUUCGCCACUGGCAAAGACCAUUGAUAUCUAAGAACUUGAAGAUGUUACAGGCAGGAAAUGGUUGUGAUGAGCAUUGUGAUAUGGAUACAAAAUAUAAAGACAAAGUUACAGUUUUGAAGACCAGAGCAGUAAACUAUCUGCUUACAAAAUUAAGAGACAAAGAGACCUGUGCCAAAGAUUUCAUGAUUCAUGGUGACAGGCUUAUGCGCAUCUUGGCAGAGGAGGCCCUUGCCAGCUUACCAAAUGUUGGCUAUGGCACAGUAGAUACACCAUGUGGAAAAAGUAAGGGUUUGGUCAAAAAGGGGGAGCUGAAGCUUUGUGUUGUCUCCAUUCCAAGGUCUGGUGAUAUUCUUCAAGAAGCUGUAAGACAAAUAAAACCUGGGGUGAGAAUUGGGAAGAUACUAAUACAGCGAGAUGAGUCUACUAAAGAUAAAAGGCCUAUAUUGUAUUACAAGAAAUUACCGAGGGAUAUUUCUGAAUGUUUUGUCAUUCUGGUUGAUCCAAUGUUGGCUACUGCUGGCAGUGCCAAACGUGCUAUUGCAGUUCUAAUUGAGGCUGGAGUGAAAGAGGAAUGCAUUAUGUUUCUUAAUCUUGUCUGUUGUCCUGAAGGAAUAAAAAAUCUUUUUUGUGCAUAUCCAAAUGUUUCAGUCAUGACAGGUGCUAUUGACAAAUGCUUGAAUGAACACAUGUUCAUAGUACCAGGAUUAGGUGAUUAUGGAGAUAGGUAUUAUGGUACUGUUUAGCCAAGAGUAAUAUUUUUCUAAGAGAGAUCAAUAACUGUAGCUUGUAACAACAAUUUGUAAAAAAAUUGAUCUAUA